AUGACUGCAUCAGGUCCCUGUAACAUGAAGAUCUUUGUCUUCUUCACCUUCUUGGCACUUACUGUUGCCCAAAAGCUGCCUGUGCGAUCCAUCUGGCAGUGGCCUCAAUACACAUUCCUAGAGAACCUGGCAGUCCGUCAGAAUGGCUCGAUCCUAAUGACACGAUUGGAUGAGCCUUUACUGCUAGAGAUCGACCCGUUUUCGGGACAAGGACCUCAGCUCGUCCACCAAUUCCCAGAGUAUCUAGCCGUGGGGGGUAUCGUCGAGACCGAGCCCGACCUGUUCGCCGUUGUAUCGGGCAACUUCUCGGUGCUGAAGCUCACCAGCUACGCCGGCACAUAUGCGGUCUGGCACGUGGACUACCGCUGCAGCAAGAGCGGUGCUCCCGAGAUCUCGAAGCUCACCGAUAUCCCGCAGGCGGCCUUCCUCGAUGGCAUGACCUAUGUCCCUUCAGCUAAAGCGCUCUUCAUCGCCGAUGCUCAGCUGGGUCUGAUCUGGAGGAUGGACAUCCAAACGGGCAAGUAUGUGGUGGCGGUCAACAAUACUCUCACCCAGAAAUGCCACGCGACCGACCUCGAAGCAGUCAAUGGGCUCAAAUACUUCGACUCAACCUUAUACUGGACCAAUUCUGGGUGUGGAUGGUUUGCAAAACUACCAAUUGAUACCAAUGGCAACCCCAAUGGGACUGCCAGCAAGAUCUACCCAAACUCGGAGCUGAGUCUGGAUGACUUUGCGAUUGCAUCGUCGAGUGGCAUCGCCUAUCUGUCGGCAAGCUUCAUCAACCAGGUCGUCACCAUUGGCCCGGACGGAAAGCUCACGAGCAUUGCUGGUGGCUUGAACUCGAGUGACGUGGCUCAGCCAACGGCAUUGGCUUUUGGGAGGACGAGUGCGGACUUGAAGAAGGGCAUUGUCUAUGUGACUACGGCGGGUGCUAUUGGAGAUCCCAUCAACGGGACUACAGUCGUCGGUGCACAAUUGCUUGCUAUCGACACGAAGAGCACGUGA